GUCUUGAACGCAAAGAGCAUCUUGUUUUCACUAGUCUGCUUACAAGUUUUGUUUAUUUUUCAAAUAUUUUCUCUUUAACAAGCCAUAACAGAAUCCAGUGCAUAUUAUCUGCCUCAGACAACCGAAGAUAAAGAAUAUUUGUAUCCUAGCAAGACCCAAGAAGGCCUGCUUGGGCAGACAGCAAUUCCUGACAAGUAAAACCUGUUAACAGAUUUAGUCUCCCUUACGCUUGGCCUAAAUCUUAACUGCACAGCACAGAGCACUGGAGUUACUUCUACAAAGCAUUCCUGAGGCCUGGCACGUCGACUCUGCAUCCUCUGCGGUUGAACACACCAUGUGAGCACUGAGGAGUCUGUCACUGCUCCAACACACCGUGUUGCACAGAGCAGGGAGGGCUCCCUAUGCAACUUCUGUUUCCCAUCAGCCGACACACCUGCACCCCUCUGGUAAUGAAAGUGCCCAUGACUUGAAACUGAAGAGUUCGCUGAGGAGCACUCAUCACCCCCAUAACCCCUGAUCUUCACGGGCUUCAUUCCUGCCUCCGUAAUGCCCGCCAAGCCCAAAAUGCCUCACUCCAGGGCCAGAAGCACAGUGUCACAACCAGCCACCAGCCCUAAAGGUGUUUGGCUUUGGGUGGCUGGUCUCCAAUGCCAAGCACUGCCCAGCCACAUCGGCAGUGCCAGAGGCCUUGGUGUAGCUGCACACAGCUGCGGGACAGCACUGUGCUGCCCCACCGCGUGUGACUGCAGCACCGCUCUUGUGGGGAUGGAUGGAUGGAUGCAUGGAUGGAUGCAUGGAUGGAUGGACUGAUGCCUGCAAGCAGACGAGGCAGGAGACGGGGCAGGAAACAGGCCAUAGGGAUGGGCUGAGGGCGGCAGCCCCGUCCGGGGGAGCCCCUCGACUUCAAGCACCGAGUCGACUCAGCCGCAGGGCAGUGACCAGCUCUGCCCUCGGAGCGCUGGUCCCCGCUCCAGGUACCGCCCUCGGGCAGAGGGAUCCCGCCGGGCAGGGCAGGGGCAGGUGGCGGGAGGAGCAGAGCGCCCGGCCUGGCUCCAGCUUCCCCGCUCCAGCUCCCCGCCUCCGGCCCUCUGCCCGCCGUGCGGGGGUGGCGGCGGAGGGGGGUCCCCGAUCGCCGCUAUAUAAGCGGCUGCAAUGGCUCUGCCGCCAGAGCCGAUUGCGCGGCGGGCGGGACUAUGGCGACAGGCGGCGGGCAAGACCUGCCCGCCCUGCUGCUGCUCCUCCUUCUCCUUGUCCUCCGGCCGUGCGAGGCAAGUGCGGGGCGCCCGGGGGGGCCGGCGGCCGGAGGCAGCCGGCGGGCGGUGCGGCCCCGUGACCCGGCCCCCGGGGCCGCCGUGUCCCCGCAGGAGAGCGGGCGGGAGCCGGCGUGUCCCCGGCCGUGCGGGGGGCACUGCCCGGCCGAGCCGCCGCGCUGCGCCCCCGGCGUGCCCGCGGUGCUGGACGGCUGCUCCUGCUGCCUGGUGUGCGCCCGGCAGCGCGGCGAGCGCUGCUCCGCGCUGCUGCCCUGCGACGAGAGCAGCGGCCUCUACUGCGACCGCGGCCCCGAGGACGGCGGCACCGCCGGCAUCUGCAUGGUGCUGGAGGGAGACAACUGCGUGUUUGACGGGAUGAUUUAUCGCAACGGGGAGACGUUCCAGCCCAGCUGCAAGUACCAGUGCACCUGCCGCGACGGACAGAUCGGCUGCCUGCCCCGCUGCAACCUGGACCUGCUGCUCCCCGGCCCCGACUGCCCCUUUCCCAGAAAAAUCGAAGUCCCUGGAGAGUGCUGUGAGAAGUGGAUCUGCGACCCUGAUGAUGAAGUGAUUUUGGGAGGUUUUGCUAUGGCCGCCUACAGACAAGAGGCCACACUUGGGAUUGAUGUGUCGGAUUCAAGUGCCAAUUGUAUUGAGCAGACAACAGAAUGGAGUGCUUGCUCCAAAAGCUGUGGAAUGGGCUUUUCCACUCGUGUUACAAACAGAAAUCAACGGUGUGAGAUGGUGAAGCAGACGCGGCUCUGCAUGAUAAGACCUUGUGAAAAUGAUGAGUCAUCUGAUAAGAAAGGGAAGAAAUGUGUCCGAACAAAGAAGUCUGUGAAAGCUGUUCGCUUUGAGUACAACAACUGCACGAGUGUGCAGACAUACAAACCACGUUACUGUGGCCUCUGCAGUGAUGGGCGAUGCUGUACCCCACACAACACCAAAACCAUUCAGGUGGAGUUCCGCUGUCCUCAGGGCAAAGUCCUAAAAAAGCCAAUGAUGUUGAUCAACACCUGCGUCUGUCAUAACAACUGUCCUUUGAGUAACAUUGUUUUCUUCCAACCAUCAGAUCUGUCAUCUAGUGAAAUAAAAAUAUGAAAAGCACGAAUUAGAUAGCAUAAAAGAUAUAAAUAGUUCAUACAAAACUUGACCCACAAUCAGGUGAAGGUAACAAUUGCAUAUAUAAAAUAACUAAAAUGUUUUUUCAAAACGGUCUUUCAAACUGGGUGCUUUCUUUUUUCCUGUAGUUUAUUAAAUACCUCAUUUUACAUUUCCCCCCUCCAAAUGUCUUUUAUUCAUUUGAAGGAAAUUUUGUACCCUGGACAGAGCCUUCUUUUUUUCUUGAUGGUGACAGAAAGGUCACAAAGGAGACAGUUAGACUUUCUCCUGGGUUAAGGGGAUCAUGCCACAAGUUUCAGUAGCUGUAGGACUGGGCUCUUUAAGAGUCAAUGUGUCACAGAAACUUCCAGAUUCUCAGUUUCAUUCUGCAUCAUGCAUAUAAACUUAAGCAAUGUUCUUUUCCUUUUUAUGUUUUUUGAUGAGAGUAAAAAUCUUACUGAUGAAAGUGUUGCAUUCUUAUGACUUAUAAAAUACCUUCUGUCAAUACCUCUGACUUUCUCUGAGGAUUAAGUUUGCACGUAGCCUCUGAAAUGACAUAGCUAAGGUCCCUUAUCCUGAAGCGCAGGUUGAUAGCUAACAGCAGUUAAAUUUCUCUUUGAUAACUUCACUAGCACUCUAAUCCAAAACCGACUAAAGUCAGUGUUUUAUAAGUAUUUGAUUCUAAUUAAUAUGUGUCUGUAGAUAUAACUAUUGGAUGCAAAAAAUAAUAUAUCUGUAAAUUCCUCUAAAAUACUAACUGUAUUAUAUGGUGCUUCAUUUCUUAGAAAGGUGUGUAUGUAAAUAGAAACUGUACAUAUUGUAAUAUAACUUUACUAAGUAAAUAAACUUUGUGAUUAAAAAUA